CGUGGCAUGCCACUAUCCAUAUAAAAUAAAGUCUACUUAAUAAAUUCAGAAAAAAAAAAAUUAUCUCAACCAUGGAACAUCUUUUUUAUUUUACAAAAUCUCUGUAAACCCAUUUUUCUCUACUCCAGUAUGAACCUCCACUUAAUAAAUUCUCGUGGUUCGGCCCCAUGCAUUCCAUGCAUAACGAAAACUUUAGUACAUCAGACUGAUCUCUGGCCCCGCCAUAUCUCCGCUGCCGUGAGAGCUUCAGCAACGGCAGCGGAGAUGGUGGUGGCGGGGCCGGAACAACCUGGUGGGAAAAUGGUGGUGGAGUUAGUUGGUGCAUUUAAUGAGUUAACUGAAAGAAUGGAUAAUACUGUACUUUCUACUAGCUCUUCAAGAUUGUUGUUUAAAAGUCUGAAAUUGUGUAUUCCAAUUCUUCAGUCACUUCCACUUGCUCCUGAUGGUAGAGCUCCACUUUCUAGAGCUUUGUCUGUUGCUGUUAUUUUAGCUGAUUUACAGAUGGAUGCUGAAGUUAUAUCCACUGGUCUACUAAGAGAAGUUCUCGAGGCAGGUGCUAUCUCAAUAUAUGACGUGAGGGAUCGGAUUGGUACCAGUACCUCUCAUUUAUUGCAUGAAAGUUUACGUGUGAAGCAUAUGUCGUUAAAGGUAGAAGUAUUGGAUGAUGAUAGCGCAACAGCAUUGAGGAAAUUUUGUCUGACAUACUAUGAUGUUAGGGCGUUAGUGUUAGACCUUGCUAUCAAGCUCGAUAUGAUGAGGCACCUUGAUUAUUUACCUAGGUACCGGCAGCAGAUGAUAGGACUUGAGGUUAUGAAACUACAUGCUCCUUUAGCACAUGCCAUCGGAACUAACUUGUUAUCUCUUGAACUCGAGGAUCUAUCUUUCCGAUACUUGUUUCCUUACUCGUAUCUUUAUCUUGACGCGUGGUUGCGAAGUCACGAGUCUGGAAACAAGCCUUUGAUUGAUGUCUGCAAGGAGCAGCUGCUUCAGUCCCUCAAAUCUGAUCCACUGUUAACGGAAAUUGUGAGUAAGAUAUCUGUUGAGGGUCGUUACAAAAGUCGUUAUAGCACCAUGAAGAAGCUCUUGAGAGAUGGUCGAAAGCUUGAAGAGGUGAAUGACAUCUUAGGUCUAAGAGUUAUAUUGACUCCUUUAUCAGGCGUAGACGAGUCAGAAAUGGGGGAAAAGGCUUGCUACAGGGCACGCGAAGUCGUCCAAUCUUUGUGGGAAGAGAUACCAAGUAGGUCGAAAGACUAUAUCUUAAGGCCUAAAGCUAACGGAUAUAAGAGUUUGCACAUGGCUGUUGAUACCGGUGAAAAUGGUCGGACCAGACCUCUAAUGGAAAUUCAAAUACGAACAGCAGAAAUGGAUAUACUAGCGUCUGGAGGAGCAGCGUCUCAUGCGUUGUACAAGGGCGGUGUUACUGAUCCUGAAGAGGCAAAGCACCUGAAGGCAAUCAUGAUGGCUGCAGCAGAGCUUGCAGCAUUGCGCCUUCAAGAUUUUCCUUCGGCGAAUCACAAAGGUCUGGAAACUGACAAGAGAGGAAGGGUGUUCCGUCUUCUUGACAAGAAUGGAGAUGGUAAAAUAAGCAUUGACGAACUUAUGGAAGUGAUGGAAGAUCUCGGUGCCCCAGGAGAUGAUGCGCGGGAGAUGAUGCAACUUCUUGAUUCAAACAGUGACGGUUUUUUGAGCUCAGAUGAAUUCGAUUUAUUUCAGAACCAGGUUGAGUUCAUCAGGAAUUUAGAAGAUAGAGAUGAUCAUUAUCAAACACUGUUAAACGAAAAGCUGCAAAUAGGAAAUGAAACCGGUUUGAUUCCAUUGUACAGUACACAGCAAGGUGAUAGUCUGGUAACGAAUUAGUAUCAUUCUGUUAAAUCUGUGUUCUUUGUGUAUGUAUCUAUUGAGAAGGUUCGUGCUCUAUACUGGGGCUUUUUGAUGUCUCAAAGUAGAUAUCUUUCCGCGGAAAAGAUAUUGAAUCCCCUCUGAAUAAUAGUUGUUUGUGCACGGUCUCAAUCAAAUGUAAUGUAUCUGUAUGUUUUAGUAUGUAUCGUUUCUGUACAACUCUUGUACAUAGUAUUUUAUCCCCGGAAUGUACACAUGUGAGUGCAUAUAUAUACGUAGUGUAUCAGUUGGAUUGGAAAA